UUGUAUUCUGGGAAGUGAAGUCCAACUCGGUAAAAACACGGCGGUUACAAAACACUUAAAGAAAUGCUCAUGUAACUGGUUGAAUAAGGGAAAACCGCAUGGUUACGUGUCUGAUACAGUCAGAAUUCAGUCUCUGUAUGCGCUAUACCUUCUUCAGAACCUUUUGUGUGACGGCACCUAAAGGACUUUUGAAGUGUCCUCUCAAUACUCCUCUGUGUCCACAUUUCGACCAGUUUCAUUCAUUUCGUUGCAAACCUAUCAUGUCUCAAAAGCGCAAGGCUACCACUGACGCUGGCGCCGAGAAGCCUAACAAGCAACCUAAAAUCACCUCCGAGAAAAAAGCAGCCGGCUGGCUACAGGAGCAAGUGCUAAAACAGAGGGCAGAGAAGAAGGAAAUGAAAUUCAACAAAAAACGCCUCCGAUUUCUCACAGAUACUCAGAAAAUAAAGCAAGGCGCAGAGGGUAUCCUGUACUGGAUGAACAGAGACCAGAGAGUCCAAGAUAACUGGGCUUUGAUCCACGCACAGCGGCUUGCUCUGAAAGAAGAGCUCCCUCUGCACGUGUGUUUCUGCCUGUUGGUUCCUAAAUCCAAACUUUCCACUUACAGGCAUUUCAGCUUCUUGUUAAAAGGCCUCGAGGAAGUUUCACAGGAGCUUAAAACUUUAGGCAUUGAGUUCCACCUCCUGCAUGGACCACCAGGGGAGGUCCUACCUGGUUUUGUAUCCGAUCGCAGUUUGGGGGCUGUGGUGACAGACUUCUCCCCUCUCCGAGAGCCUCUGCAGUGGCUGGAAGAUCUAAAAAAGAAGCUCCCCAAAGACAUUCCUUUUAUACAGGUUGAUGCGCAUAACAUAGUGCCGUGUUGGGAGGCAUCCCCAAAGUUGGAGUAUGCUGCUCGAACCAUUAGAGGAAAGAUUAACAAGGUUUUGCCAGAAUUCCUCACAGACUUUCCUUUAGUCGAGAAACAUCCCUACAUUGCAAUCAGAACAGCCAAACAGGUGGACUGGGCCAAAGUGCUGGCAUCUCUGCAAGUGGACAAGACUGUGGGAGAGACAGACUGGGCUAAACCGGGUACGAAGGCAGGGAUGGCCAUGCUGGAGUCUUUCAUUGAUGUUCGUCUCAAACUAUUCGCAACCCAGCGCAAUGACCCUAACGCUGCUGCGCUGAGCCAGCUCUCUCCCUGGAUAAGAUUCGGCCAUAUUUCUGCACAG